AUGAUCCUUGAACACGUGCAUAGUUUUUUUAAUCACCGAAUUUUUCUUGCCUCUGCAUCUCCGAGGCGCAGAGAGAUUCUUCAGAACAUAGGCCUGCAUGUGGUACCAAGCACGUUUGAGGAGAACUUAGAUAAGAACCUCUUCCAGAAUGGCGCAGCAUAUGCAUUGGAGACAGCCAAACACAAGGCCAUGGAGGUGUCAAAGAGGACCUGGCUUGCAAGUGACCUGCCUCAUCUUGUCAUUGGGGCAGACACAGUGGUGGAGCUGGAGGGCAGCAUCCUAGAGAAACCAAAGGAUGCCGCCAAUGCCGAGUCCAUGCUCAGCAGGCUGAGUGGGCAGCGACACGCAGUGCACACAGGCGUCGCCAUGGUUCUCCCACACUUCACAGGAGAGGAUGGGCAGCUGUUCACUCGCUCAUUCUCGUCCACCACCUCUGUGGACUUUGAUGAGCUGUCCCUCUCCGAGAUCAGAGCCUACAUCGAGACAGGGGAGCCCUUUGGCAAGGCGGGGGCGUAUGGGAUUCAGGGGCCAGCAGGGGCGUGGGUGAAGCGCAUAGAGGGGUGCUAUUUCAAUGUGAUGGGGUUUCCGCUGCACGACUUUGCGGCAGAGGUUGCAGCGCUGCUGCAAAGCGGGCAUCUUUGA